UCUGGCAGACCGAGCCUGGCGCCAUGAACCCAGCGCUGAAGCGUCAGUUUGAGGCUGCGACCGCAGUCGACAAAGUCGUGGAGAAGCAGAAGCAGACACGUGGACGGGAGAUCGGGACGGUUUUGGACUAUGACAAGGCCAAAGGUUUUGGCUUCUUACUGGAUGCAGAUUCAGAGAAAAUUUUUGUUCACCAGUCUCAGAUCGUGUCACCGGGCUUCCGAAUGCUGGUCAAGGAUCAGAAGGUGUCCUUCCUGCGCGGUGAGAAUCGAGGAAAACCCUGGGCAGAGGACGUGAGGAAUCCAGAUGGAACUCAAAUUUCUCAGGAAAAACCGGAACAAUCUGAUUCCACCAUGGCCAAGAAGCGAAGACAGCAGUUGAAAGAGCAGUGGCGGAAUUUCUUUGAAAUCCCGCAGUAUGCUGUGAAAGGCUAUGGCGAGUCACUUCCAGCUACCGUGGCCAAUCAAGAUGCUUUUGCCCUGGGUGAGACAGUCCCGCAGUUGGGCAAAGUCUUUGUGAUGGCGCACGGCUGCGCGUCGAGCUCCGGAAAGGGCAAUGAGGCGGCCACCUAUGCCAAGGAGAAACUGCCCAAGUUCAUCGCCAAAGCUUAUGAGGAAAAGCCCGAUGCCGAAGAGGCUCUGAAGGGGGCCUUCGAAGUCUUGGAGACGGAGUUUAUGGAGCGAGCGAAGAUGAAGAGUCUGACCGAUGGUGCAGAAGUCACUGCCGUGCUGUUUGUCCAUGCCCUCAACGCAUCUGGUCAACCCUGCGUGCAGUUGUGGGUCGCAUCUUGCGGGGCCUCGGUGGUGGUGCUCUGUAGCCAUGAAGGAAACCCUGUCAGGGCCUUGGAACCACAUGGAACCCAGAAGGUCAGUGCAGCCUUGAAGGAUUUGGGUUUCAAUGUCACUGAGUCUGGCAAAGUGGAGGUUUCAUUUGCAGAAGUGGGCCAGCUGAAACCCAGCCAGAUCUUUCGAAUGCCGGCGUCCCGAUUGAUUGGUGGUAGGCCUUUCAAGACCGGGAAAUCGCCUGUGCAGGGUCAAGCCACGGUGAAAAAGGUCAAGGAAUGGCGCUGUGUGGCAGGUGAGGAGCCCUUCUUGUUGGUGUUUUCAGCCGAGGUCGCGUCGGUUCUGAAAGACCAGGAUGUGCUGAACGUGGCCUUGGACGCCUGGGGCAGCCCAGCGCAAGGUCUGGAUGGCUGGGAGGCCGCCAGCAAGGCCGUGGUGCGAACGGCCCAGGCGCAGGGCCCUGAUCGCGACUCCUUGGCGUGUCUGGCGGUGCAAUGCUGGUGGCAAGAGAAGCCCCUGCAGAGGCUCUUGGCUAAGAGGGCCGAAAAGAAGGAUGCAGGGGUGGCAGUAGCGAAAGCGGCCAAACCGGUGGAUGAUGGCUUUGACAUGUUCGGCUAGCUCAACUUGGGUCUGUCUGAGAAUAGGAUA